UUCGUUUUCAUCGUUGGAGCGCGCGCGCUCUCGUUCCAGUUUAAAUCCCACCACAGAAUGGACCCUCCGGUACCGUCCAGCUCCCGGGGCCGUGGCGGCUCCACCGCCCGCGGAACUUCCCGCGGCAAAUCCAGCUGGCGCGGUCGCGGAUUCUGGCGCGGCCCAUCCCGUGGAGCGGGUUCUUCGCGGGAGAAACCCGUCGGGUACGUGGUGGCCGAUGGGGGCGAGAGUCAGAGACUGCAGCCGAUCGAUUCGAUUAUGGUGGAGAGGGAAACGUGUGAGUAUCCUGGUUGGAAGCUGUAUUUGCCGGAGGAGGAGUAUCGCGCUGGGUCGGCGAUUGUGGGGAAGGUGCAGGCGAUGGAGGCGUUUUUGGGGAGGGGGGAGUAUGAUUGGGGCGAGGUUCGGUACCACUGCUCGUUUCACUUUGAGUUGGGGGAGGUGGAGAAGGACGGGGGUUUGGGACGGGAUUGGCCAUCGUUCCUGGAGGAGCUGACGAAUAGUCCGGAGAGAACGUUGGCGAUUGUGGGAUUGGCCAUGCACCAGACGGUGACGAAGCGGACCGUUAAGGAGGAGGGGGGUGUGGGGAUGCGCGAGGACAAUCCGCUGCGGCCGAUACGGGCGCGAGUUCUUGGGUACGGUCCGGAGGUUCAUUUGCGCUACCUGAACAUAAACAACUGGCAGAAGUUGAUUGCUGUGCGUGGGACGAUUACGCGAGCGGAGGGUUCGAUCAUAAUUUCGACCUGGUUGACGUUCCGCUGUUCGCUGUGCCACGGGCUGCAGGUGAUUAGGCAGCCGACUGGUGCGUACACGGUUCCGACGUCCUGCCGGAAGGGCUGCAAGGCGCGGAGUAACUUUGUGGCGGAACGUUGGUCGCCGUACACGAGGAACGAACCGUUUCAGAAGGUCCGGCUGCAGGAGUCGAAUAUGGGUGCUCGAUCGGAGCAGGGACAGGUUCCGCGGAGUAUCGAGGUUGAGUUCGGUCACGAGUUGGUAGACGCGGUUUGUCCAGGGGAUGACGUGACCGUGACCGGUGUCGUGAUGUGCCGCUCGCAGGAGGAGAACUCGGCAAGGGCGAACAGCUCGGCCACCAUGUACAAGACCUACCUGAAGGCGGUGGCCGUUCGGAGCAACAAGAACGCUAAACCGGGUUGGCAUCGGGGCGAGGAGUUCACGGAGUUGGACUUGGAGGCCGUCAAUGCGAUUCGAGCGGAACCAAGCGUGUUUCGGUUGAUGGUCCAAUCGCUCUGCCCGAUGAUCCACGGCCACGAAAUGAUCAAAGCCGGACUUCUUCUGGGAAUAUUCGGCGGAUCUGCCAUCGCUGGAGGUCGUCGCUCCGAGAUUCACGUCCUCGUCGUGGGCGAUCCGGGCAUCGGCAAGAGUCAAAUCCUGCAAGCCUGUGCACGAGUUUCUCCCCGUGGAAUCUUUGUCUGUGGCAACAGCACCACCAAUGCAGGUCUGACGGUGAACGUCCGCUCGGAAAAGGGCACCGGAGCAACCCUGGAAGCCGGUGCGCUCGUCCUCGCCGACCAGGGCGUCUGCUGCAUUGACGAGUUUGACAAAAUGUCCGCCAACAACCAGGUCCUUCUGGAAGCCAUGGAACAGCAAGUCAUCAGCGUCACCAAGGCCGGCGUCAUGUGCACCAUGCCCGCCCGAACCUCCAUCCUGGCCGCGGCCAACCCGGCCGGAGGCAGCUACGACAGGUCGAAAACCGUGUCGGAAAACAUCCGGAUGAAACCGGCCCUCCUCUCCCGGUUCGACCUCGUCUUCACCCAGCUGGACCAGAACGACGUUCAGCUUGACUGGAUGUACACCAAACACAUGGACCUCCGCGGAAACCUCGGCGCUCAGGGCGGCGCAGCCCUGCAAGCACUCCUCACCAACGGCCAUCUCUCCUCCCAACCGCAAUCUUCCCAAGCGCCGCCACUGCACCAGAGUUUGAAGCUGCGCCCGGGCGAGAAAAUGGACACCCUGCCGGAGGAAUUAAUGCAAAAGUACAUCGCCUUCACGCGCAAAAAUAUCAACCCGCGCCUCAGCCGCGAAGCCGCCCAAGAACUGCGCUCGUUCUACGGGGAAAUCCGCCGCGCCCAGCAGGGCAUGCACUGCUUCCCGGUGACGACGCGCCAAAUCGAGGCGCUUAUCCGGCUGACUCAGGCCCGCGCCCGGAUGGACCUCGCCGCGGAAGCGACCAUCGGGCACGCCCUGGACGUCAUUGCCAUUCUGCGCUUCAGCAUGGUGGACGUGUUCAGCAACGACGCCGGCGAUCUGCAGCCGCUGCGCAUGAUGAACGGAACGGGCACCAGCCAGACGAGCCAGGUUAGGCGGCUGGUGCGGGCGCUCCAGACGCAGGUGCAGGCGACGAAGAAGUUUCUGUUUUCGGUGGCGGAGCUGCAGGCAAUUGCGGGGGGAGGGGGACCGGAUUUUAACGCGCUGCUGGACACGAUGAAUAUUCAGGGGUUCUUGCUGAAGACGGGGAAGGGCUUGUACAGGUUUACUGCUGAUUGAGGCGUAUUCUUGACUUUUUUGUGAGUUAUUGUUACUGUUC